AUGGGUCGAAACGGAGCCGCCAAACCACCACAGAAGGUUCACACGCGCAACAAUCAAGACCACGCUCUUUCGAAGAAGCAUCCGUCAUGCUUCGACUGCAACGCAGGUCGCCGUGGCUGCAGUGCUACCAACACGGGCGGUGUGUACCCAUGCAAGAGAUGUGUCGAUAAGGGGAUCAAGACCUGCAUGCCACACCAACAGGAUCCUCGCUGGCGUCCUGGCAUGGGUAGCACAAAAGUUCGAAACAACCCCAAAGCUGGCCAACGCUACUACAAGGUCAUCAGCAAACACAUCCAGCACAACGACGGCAGUAAAGCUCCAGGCAAACGUGGUUCUCGCAAAGCUGCUGCUGCGGUCAAUGGUAGACGUGGUGCAAAGAAGUCUUCGAUCGAGCACGGCGAUGAGAAAAUCGGACCAUCAGCCGCUCCGCUACCACUCCAACGCUCCAACACUCCCUCGAGUGAUACACCAAAACUCAGACGUUCCGCACGUCUCGCAGAAGCCACCACUGAAGGUGCCUGUCUGACUGGAAACGAUGAGGAAUCUGAGGGCGAGGACUCGUUGAGCGACGCUGGUGUUGAGUCUUCUGAGGUUGAGGUGGGCGCAGCUGAGGAGGGCGAAGCACCUGGUGGAGCUGAGUCUUCUGAGCUGGAGGAGGGCACGGCUGACGAGGAUCAAGCACACGGUGGAUCUGACGGCAGCACGGAUUCUCAAGAUGUUGUUGAUCAUGUCGAGCUACCUGCAGCCAACUACAUCGACGAGGACGGCAUUGAGUACACUGCGAGCGGGAUGCCGGUGAAGUUUGUGUUUGAGUUCGAACCAGGCUUCCUUGAUGGAGAGGAUGAGUAG